AUCUCUCUAUUUUUGUUUAUUUGUUUCUCCCUUUCUCUCUCUUUCACUCUCUCUGGUUUCUUUCCAUCUCUCUCACACCCUCUCGAGAAUUCUUUCUUCUUCUUCUUCUUCUUCGAAAUUCUCAAGGUUGAGGGUGGGAGUAAUGGGGGAGAGUAGCUGCUUGGGAUUUCCUUCUAAACUUGAUAAGAUCAUCAUCGAUACAGAUCCUGGAGUCGAUGAUAGCAUGGCAAUCUUGAUAGCAUUUCAAACACCAGAGCUGGAUAUUUUGGGUUUGACAACAAUUUUUGGUAAUGUUACUACCAAAGAUGCCACUCGUAAUGCCUUGAUACUGUGUGAGACAGCAGGACGGACUGACCUUCCAGUAGCAGAAGGAAGCCUUGAACCUCUAAAGGGUGGAACUCCUCGCAUCUGUGAUUUUGUUCAUGGUUCUGAUGGAAUGGGAAACUUAUCUCUGCCUUCUCCUAAGGGAAAAAAAAACGAGAAAAGUGCUGUAGAGUUUCUAGUUGAUAAGGUUUCUGAAUUCCCUGGUGAAGUAUCUAUACUCGCCUUAGGUCCAUUGACAAAUUUGGCCUUGGCAGUUAAAAGUGAUGCAUCCUUCGCAAGCAAGGUGAAAAGAAUAGUCGUACUUGGUGGUUCGUUUUUUGCAUCUGGAAAUGUCAACCCUGCUGCUGAAGCCAAUGUUUAUGGAGACCCAGAGGCAGCUGAUGUUGUGUUCACUUCUGGGGCUAAUAUUGAUGUUGUUGGCAUAAACAUCACGACGCAGUGCACACUAACAGAUGAAGACCUCUCUGACUUGAGGGAAUCAAAAGGAAGACAUGCUCAAUUCCUAAGUGACAUGUGCAAAUUCUAUAGGGAUUGGCAUGUGAAAUCAGAUGGUUUAUACGGAAUAUUCCUCCAUGACCCUGUUAGCUUUGUGGCACUAGUCCGGCCUGAUCUAUUCACCUACAAGAAGGGAGUUGUGAGGGUGGAGACACAGGGCAUUUGCGUCGGCCAUACUUUGAUGGACCAAGGACUGAAAACAUGGAAUUCAAGCAAUCCCUGGACAGGCUAUUCCCCCGUUUCAGUUGCAUGGACAGUUGACGUAGAUAAAGUUGUUUCAUAUAUUAAGAACCUUCUAAUGAAACGAUAACAACUCAAAGUGGUAAGGAAGUCCCACCAGGAGCGUUCCAAGGCUAUGGAAGGGAAGAUCACAUGUGUUUAUUCCCUGCUAAUUUUUCUUCCCAUCGCCAACAACCAAAUGCUGGAUUUGUAGGGCUCAUAUCUUGGACUCGGCUGUUAAAUUUCUUGCUAACAACCGAAUGUUUGAUAUUGAAGGGUUCCUCUCAUUCUACUGUAUAUCAUGUGAUUCAAAUGGUAUUCAUUAAAUUAAAAAGUUAAAGUGUUAUAAUUUCUCUUUUCACGGACAAUAACAGAUCACAAUAAACGAC